CAAUGUGCCAAUCCUCUGACGCAAACUUUGUUUCGUCGUAUUGUAUUCUGUGGAUCUUGUUCAGCCUAUCGUGCCCCGAUUGCUUUCCUCGGAGGAAAAGUGAAAAGGGUCUGCGUGAUCGACUACUAUCUGAUUCAUGGGGAUUUGAAACCGCCGACAACUGCAAUCUUGGAGGGGAUUUUGCGUCGCACCCAAAAGGACUCUGCUUCAAUUGAAACCGGCUAUCUCUACUGGUGCGUGUACAGCCAGAAUACGUGGAACGCUCGACCAAAUAUUCGUUAUAAUAAAUCUGCUCCUCAGCACAAGUAUUUGACAUUAAAUGCGGAACCGUUCUGCCAGUCUCAGUCGACCACUUCCAUAUUUUUCCCCAUCCAGACAGAUACGGGGGAUCUCAAAGGUGAUUCGGGAUCUCGUGUUGCUGUCAGCUCCGGUAACGACGAUGAUUCCGAUGUUACCAAACCUUCUGGUCCCCGACGAAAGUCAAAUUACCCAAUGCGUCAAGGGUCUAACUCCUCCAAAGAUUUCAGCAGUUCGUCAGAACUUUUGAGUCCUAAUCUUAAGGCCCGCUCCCCUUCACAAUAUACCCAGCCGACUAUCUGCUUGUGUCGUAUGUACUGUGUGCUUCAAACGGACACACUCUUGUCCAUGUAUGCAGCCAGAGCGGACUCAAGAGCCAAAGAUCAACUCCCACUGUUGGGAACCAGAUUAUUCUAUUUAGAUCAGAAAGCGGAUAAUGUUCCAGAUGUUCCGAUAGUGUCAAAUAGAAAACGUAGUUCAUCUUGGGUGGCACCAGGUUGUGAUUUGAAUGGUUCACAAAUCUCUUCAAAAUCCAAUGCUACCAGUUCUCCCUCGCAAUCGAGUUUGACCUCCAAUCAUCGCGCAAACCGAGCAUCCACUGCAUCAUCGAACGGAGUCAGUGAUUCAUCUGAGGACAGUAUUCAGAAUCAUCAACUGGUCAAACCAAGUGAGAUACGAGCUGGAAAUCCACUCUAUCGAAAUCACAAACCGCCUAGUUUACCAGUCAAACCGAAGUACCUGAGUGAGGUGGUGCGAACAUUACAGGAAUAUUCUGACGGUUACGUCACGCGGAUGGCCGGACAAUUUGAAUCUUCUGUCCGACUGAAAAGAGGUGGUGCUUCGGACAACGGGAACAGUUCAACAGAAUCAUCAAAACCCCAAUGUGGCUUUAACCAGGCGGAGACCUUGAAACAACUCAGCUCAGUCUCUCCCACUGUAUUGGGUGUGUUGCAAAACAAGCUGGGUUUCUUGCUAUUACCCAUGAACACGGACUGUUUGGCACAUUAUUUUGAGGCGCCUACGUAUGAGGUGCGCACCAAGUAA